AAUACAACCGUUCAACUACAGGAGUUCGUUCAACUUUUGGAGCCAGUAACUUGCAUAGUCGUUCUCAUCCAACGGCAAACAAUUUACAACACACAAUUUAAUUUAUGUUAUGUUUAUUUACUAGCUAUAAAGUAGAAUUAUGAGUAGCGAAAAUAUUAAAAUAAGUGGAUUCUAAUAAAAACCUUCAUAAAAAAAAUUAAAGAAUAAAAUUUUAAUUUAGAAAUAUGCAUAACUCCGAUACAAUAUAAACUAAACUGUACAAUUUACGGUAUUAACUGAUUGCUGACUACCAAACUAUACUUAUUACGUAAAGUAUCCCCAUUCAUUAUCGCAAUCUCGUUUGCAAUUAUAGAAAAUUCACCGUUUCUAUCCUUAUUAAGUAACGUUUACUUUAUCAUCGUCAAUUACUCCCCUGUAUAAUGAACAUUCAACGAUGACUGUUAUAAUCAUUAAUUAGACUAUUACGAUCGCGGAGCCCACCACCUGAUGGCAAUUAAUCGCUAUUAUGACUAUUAUAUCACCAUAACCCUUGCCACUGAAAUCUCGGAAGUUCUACAAUUAAAUGUCAAUUUAGCAAUUAAGCCAAAUAAUCUCCGGAAUUAAACUAACCUUUAAUUAUGACGCAAAUCUCAACCAAACCUUCAAUUUACAACUUACCGUCCUACCUAACGCGAAGAUGGAGUCCCGAGAAUAUCGGAAAAAUAAAACUACGGAAUUAUUCCAUAAUCUGGACAAAGUUAUCUACGUUUUCAGCGGCAUGAACUUCUGGGUAGACGAUAACAAUGUACCGAAGCUAGUUUUCAAUGCGUAUAAGAGAAUUUCAAAAGUUAUAAAUGUAGCAAUAGUUCUGUUCCUGAUGGCAGAGAUAGGGUCAUUCUUCACUCAAAACAAUCUAACGGAAAAACAGAAAGCUGACCGCGUUAUGAUGACGUUUUCACACAUUAUUCUGUAUUAUUUCACACACUCUCUGAUCCAUCGUAAGGAAACUGUAACGGAGAUAUUGUAUACAUUAGCUGUAUCUUUGAAGAAGGAUUUCAACGAUGAGGAGACGGAGAGACUUAUGCUGAAACGUACUAAAAUCUACAUGUGUGUGUUUGUGGCUCUUUGCUGUAUUUCGUUCGUAUUUUACGGUGUAGAAGGAUUAGCUCGGGUAUUGUUUUCAGGUAAGGCAAUAUAUACUAUAUAACUCCUUUUUUAUUUAUUUAGCCCGUUAUAGUGUCGCACUGCUGGGCAAAGGCUUAUCCCCGUGAUCUCCACAGCUCCCGUUGUUGUGCUACUUAAGGCCAGUUAGUGAUGAAAGUGUCUAGGUCUAGUUCGUCCCGCCAUCUCCGUCUGGGCCUGCCAAGUCCUCGCUUAACUUGGGGCAUCCACUUGGUGGUUAUACUAGCCCACCUAUCCGGAUGCAUGCGGCAGACGUCAGACGUCCCGCCCAGUCCCACUUCAGCCACUUCACUCGGUCUUCGCCCCUACGUCAGCUAUGCGUGUUUUGCAGACCAAUGUAGAGUUUCGGAUGCGAUCCGUCCUUGUGACACCUAGAAUGCUGCGCUCCAUUGCUCGCUGGCAAACCUUCAAUUUGGACUUCUGACUCUCGGUGAGCGACCAUGUUUGGGUACCGUAGGUUAGGACAGGCAGAAUACACAUGUCAACGAGUUUACGCUUUAGUGACAUUGGAAAGUCGCCCUUCAGCGGCCAUCAGAAAUUUGCCGCCCCGUUUAUGAUCAACGUUAAUUAAUAGAUAAGAAAAAGUUAAGUAAAAAUGGUAAAAUACAACAAAUAAGUUCAAAAACUAAACUUCGACUGCUGAAAAUCGGGC